AUUACUCUAUUAUCUCAAAACAGAGUAGUGUAAACUGAUCUACUUUUGGUAUUCGAAUUAAUCAAGUCAUUCACGCCGAAGGCUAAACUGUCUAACUGCUAAUUCCCAGCUGUCUAUGCAAUAACUUGCAAAUUAUAUUAAACAUUAUUACUAUUGUGAUUCAAUGGAGUUUUUAAAAGAAUCUGAAUAGGAUCAAUAUUCGUAUCAAACGACAAAAUGUUGUUCCUUUUAAAUUUCUUAGAUACGGGUUAAUUUCCUUAUUAGUUGCUGUUAUUUUAAUUUUGAUAUUCAAUUUUUAUAGACAAUUGCCAGGAUAUAAUAACUUUAGUGUCGGCAGUUCAAACAGAUAUUUUAAAAAUGAGAUGAUAAAAAAUUUCAAUAGCGAUGAUUUUGGGGUAGAUUAUGCAGAUGAAAAUAUGUGGAAUGAAAAAUGUGAAGUAAUUCACAUAGGCAUUGUAUGUGCUGGUCACAAAUCUAAUCUUCAACUACAUACCAUGUUGAAAUCAAUUUAUUUUCACAGUGAUAAUGCCUUUCACUUUCAUAUAAUAGCAAGUUGGAUGUCACAGCGGGUCUUGAAUAUUUUAUUUCAAAGUUGGAACAUGGAUAGAGUAAAUGUGACUUUUUAUGAUAUUAAUGACUACAUUACUGAUGUGAGAUGGGUUCCAAACACUCAUUACUCUGGAGUUUUUGGAUUGUUGAAACUGCUAUUCCCUAAAAUCAUUCCUGUAUCUGUCACGAAUAAAAUAAUUAUUUUAGAUACUGAUCUUAUAUUUUUGAGUGAUAUAUAUGAAUUAUGGAAAAUGUUUGAAAAGUUCAAGUACAGACAGGCUAUAGGAAUUGUUGAGAAUGAAAGUAAUUAUUAUUUGGAAAAAACAUCUUGGCCAGCUAUUGGUAGAGGUUUCAAUUCAGGUUUAGUAUUAUAUUAUAUAGAUAAAUUAAAAGAUUUAAACUGGCCCAAUUUGUGGUACACUGUAACGAAAAAAAUUGCAAAUGAAAUUGGAUCAACGUUAUUGGGUGAUCAAGAUAUUAUCAAUGCAGUGAUAAAAGAAAAUUCUAAUAUACUUUAUGAAGUGCCUUGCUAUUGGAACACACAAUUGAGCGAUCGUACAGAUAGCUAUUUAUGUUAUAACAAACAUCAAGCUAAGGUAAUACACUGGAAUUCUCCAAAAAAAAUCAAUGUUCUAAACAAAGACGGAGAUUACUUCAGAAGCUUAUAUACAAUUUUUGCGGAACUGAAUGGAAACUUACUGAGGAAACAUUUGAGGAUAUGUUCCUCGAAAUCAAAACCUGCAGUGAAUGUUGCAACAGACGUUUGUUCGGGCUUCAAUAAAAUGAAGAACUCCAAAUGGAGGACGCUACUGUUUUUUCGAGAAUUCAAAGCAGUUUCCCUGGAUAACGAUGUAACGUUUGCAGCUCAGCUAUCUUUCGACAGGAUACAAAUGAUCGAGGAAUUAGCGAAAUAUUGGGGAGGACCAAUUAGUCUUACUUUAUACAUCACGGACCCCGAAUUAGAGCAAGCUAAUGAUUAUAUCGAUGCUUCCGAUUUGCUUCAAGAAAGGACGAACAUUGCUUAUCACGCAGUUUUUAAAGAUGGCGAGUAUUAUCCGAUAAAUUUACUGAGAAAUAUCGGUCUUCAGAACAUAGGAACGCCAUAUGUUUUUUUGGCCGACGUUGAUUUUUUCCCAAUGAAAGAUCUGUAUGAAUCUCUUAAAAAAUAUAUCAAGUCCAUGAACACUAUGGAGAAAAAGGCUCUAGUCAUUCCAGCUUUCGAAACGCAAAGGUAUCGAAGUAGGAUUCCCAAAAGUAAGAAACAACUGUUGUCGAUGCUGGCUACAAAAAGUGUGAUGCCAUUUAGACACGAUGUUUGGGCAGUUGGACAUUCCCCUACCAAUUAUACCAAAUGGAAAACUGCCUCAUCUCCCUAUAAUGUGGAAUGGAAACCUGACUUCGAACCGUAUGUAGUGGUGAAAAGCACAGUUGUAGAGUACGACCCAACGUUUAUGGGUUUCGGAUGGAACAAAGUCUCCCAUAUAAUGGAAUUGAACGCACAGGGAUACGAAUUUAUAGUAUUGCCUGACACUUUCAUCAUUCACAAAGCGCACGCUCCCAGUUUUGAUAUUGCCAAGUUCCGUAGUUCACCAAUAUAUAGGAUGUGUCUGCAAAACUUGAAAGAUAAUUUCAUCAAAAAGCUACACAAGAAGUACAAAAAAGCUUUUGACGAUAAGUAUGUCGACGGUGAUGCAGUUACCAAUUUUAUUUCUAAAGGCAACUGAAUAGAGGCUCCUGAUUAUUUUAUUUUUUUUAAUUGUUUAACAAAUGUACCUAUAUUUAUUGCCAUUAGUCUUUUUACAAAUCAAUCAACGAAACUUCGUAUAUUUUCAUAAAUCAUUUUUAUAAUAAUUUCACGAGUCGUUUUUACACUGAUUUUAAAUGUAUUAUACUCCAAAUGUAUUUUAAAAUUUAAAUGUUAAAUUUGUGCAUUUUUUUAUUGAUGAUAUGUAAUUUCAUAAUACUCCAAAUGUAUUUUAAAAUUUUAACGUUAAAUUUAUGACUUUUUCCAACAGUUAAUUCGUUAUUUAUACUAUUUCAUGUUAUUUAUUUAUACAAGUAUAAAAUAAAUUUUACCUCUGAA